GAGAAGUGAAAAAAAAAAAAGUAAAUAGAAAAAUAGAAAAUAGAAAAGCUUAAGAUCUAAUAUAAAUAGCUGUCUCUAUUACAUCUGUGUCUAUCUAUCUUUGAAUAUGAGGAUUCGCAAAAACGCAAAGCUCUCUUCGAUAUUGUAUUCGCACGCUUCAACACCAGAGAGUCUGCAGACACACGUGUGCCAGCUGAACCAGUCGCCAUGGGAUGUGAUUUCGUUCUCUCAAGAGACCUACCCAUCUUUCAAUCCUCAGUUGGAAGGAGAAGAUAGCUUUACGGGAAAUGGGAGCUUUGGAGACUCUAUCGGCGCUGUUGAGAGCGUGGCUUCGAUGAUGGACGGAGAAGAGAAGGCAGUGAUGUUCAAGGUCGAAGAUAUGAUUAUUGACGAUAAUGGAAUGGAAGAUAAUGAAGAAACGAAAAUGGAAGAUAAAUUUGGGUUUGAGAAAGAAUACAAAACGUUGUACUGUAUCAAAACUGACGGCAAGGGCUGGCAAUGCAGAAAUGAAGCCAAAGAUGGGUACACCAUGUGCGACCAUCACUUAUCGUUAACCAAAUCUUACGGCAAUAACACUUCUUCUUUUAGUAAGAAACCCGAUAAGGGAAUAGCAGUGCGUAGAGGCCGAGCUCGGGCCAAGAAGGGUUCGUCAUCGUCGUCCAAUCCAUAUGAAUUUUACUAUUAUUCUGGGUUUGGGCCUUUGUGGGGCAAGAGGAGAGGUGAUAAAGUAAAUGAAGGGAAAAAGGUUGAAGAUAGAGAAGUUGAGGAUAUGAAUCAGCAGAGUACAACGCCGCCUUCUUCUCAAAUCGAAGAUAUUGAUUUUGUAGAUGACGAAGACGAUGAGGAUGACGAGAAUGGAGAUAGUGGGAAGAAGAGAAUGAGGAAACCAGUGAAAGCAAGAUCAUUGAAGUCGCUUAUGUAGAUGGAAUGGGGAAAAACUGAUGUUGGUUUGUUGUUCUUGUAUUUAAUCGGUUGAAAAUUAUCGGUGUUUAUUUUUCUUUUAGGUUUGUUUUUAACUUUGGGUAAGUUGUUUAGGGUUAUUAGAAUUUAGAAGUUUUUUGACUGGUGAGAUUAGCAUCACUCGAUUAACAUGGCAGUAGGAGGAUGUCUACGGUGUGUUUCAACUGGACCCGAGGAAUUGUACUAAUCACUGUUUUGAAAUGCAAGGGUGUUUUUGUAA